GUGUGUUUGUGUGUGUGCUUGUGUGUGUGUGUCUGGAGAGAGAGAGAGACAUAGACCGAGCCCCUAACACGGAGCAUGCCUCUGCGUCCGGCAGCCGGCAAACAUGAGCCACCCAGCCCUCCACGGCAGGACCAGCAGCAGCAGCAUCACACAUACACAUACACACACUCACACACACACACACAGCCUCACACACACACAGCAAACGACAGCCAGGGGGCCAGCACUGACAGCGGCAGCUCCCGGGAAGAGGACAGUGGUGUUCCCAUUCCUGUCGGUGUUCCGGCUUUCUGUCCCGGUGCAGAGCGGAGCCACAGUGCGAGAGCACCCAUGGAAGAGCCGACGGGCAACACCGUGGUCAUCCGCAUUGGAAUCCCAGACCUACAACAGACGAAAUGUAUGAAAUUCAAUGUGGACGCUCCGAUCUGGCUGUCCAAGCAGCGAAUCCUGUGUACUCUCAACCAGAGCCUGAAGGAUGUACUCAACUAUGGCCUAUUCCAGCCGGCUUACAACGGCAAGGCUGGCAAGUUUCUGGAUGAGGAGAGACAGCUAAGGGAAUACCCCUUCCCAUCCAUCGCUCCCGUACCUUACCUGGAGUUCCGCUAUAAAAGACGUGUCUACACCCAGACUCACCUGGAUGAAAAGCAGCUGUCCAAGCUCCAUACCAAGGCAAACCUGAAGAAGUUUAUGGAGUAUGUGCAGCAGAGGAACAUUGAAAGGGUCUCAAGGUUCCUGGAAAAAGGCCUGGACCCCAACUUCCAUGAUCCAGACACAGGAGAAUGUCCUCUAACGCUGGCAGCACAGCUGGAGGGAUGUGCAGAUCUCAUCAAGGUGCUAAAGAGUGGAGGGGCGCAUCUGGACUUCAGAACAAAAGAUGGCAUUACUGCCCUGCACAAGGCCGUGCGCAGCAAGAACCAUACCGCACUUAUAACGCUGUUGGACUUGGGUGCAUCGCCUGACUAUAAAGACAGUAGGGGGUUGACUCCUCUCUAUCACAGCUCGAUGGUAGGAGGAGACCCCUACUGCUGUGAGCUGCUGCUGCAUGACCAUGCACAGGUUGGCUGUGUGGAUGAGAAUGGCUGGCAGGAGAUACACCAGGCAUGCCGCUAUGGCCAUGUGCAACACCUGGAACACCUGCUGUUCUACGGAGCUGACAUGAGCGCCCAGAAUGCAUCUGGAAACACUGCACUGCAUGUGUGUGCUCUCUACAACCAGGAUAGCUGUGCACGAGUUAUCCUGUUCCGGGGGGCCAAUAAGGAGAUAAAAAACUACAACAGCCAGACCGCCUUUCAGGUGGCUAUUAUAGCAGGAAACUUUGAUCUGGCUGAAAUCAUAAAGGUCCACAAAGUAUCGGAUGUUGUGCCUUUCAGGGAGACCCCGUCCUACACCAGCCGUCGACGUGUGACGCCUGGCCCCCUGCCCUCGCCACGUUCCUUGCUUCGCUCUGCGAGUGACAACAACCUGAACGGGGACCACGAUCACAUCCGCGGUCAGGCCCCGAGAGAAAUUCGUGGCCGUCAGGGUCACUCCCCUGUCCCUUCACUGCGCAGCCUGCCAGCUCUUGGGCAGCAGCAGCAGCACAGCAGCCUUGGAGAGAGCCGUCAUGGAGAGAUCCCUGACAGCAGUCUCCAGAGUACGGGCAGCUCCAGAUCCUCCCAUUCCCGUUCGCCUUCGCUACAUCACAUGCAUGAAGAGGACAGGCCGGUUCCCAGAAGGUCCCACAGCCAUGGCUACCCUCACGGACACGGCCAUCGUGGAAGACUCAGCCCUGGCUCAGUGCAGAGAGACCCAAGCCCCCCUCAUCACACGCCUCCAGCACUGACGGGCCCCCGUGGGCCCAAACGGAAACUCUACAGUGCUGUCCCGGGACGUACCUUCAUUGUGGUCAAGCCCUACACACCACAAGGGGAGGGGGAGAUCCAACUCAACCGUGGAGAGAGGGUCAAAGUUCUGAGUAUAGGAGAAGGAGGUUUCUGGGAAGGCACGGUCAAAGGGAGGACAGGCUGGUUCCCAGCAGACUAUGUGGAAGAAGUUCAGAUGAGGCAGUAUGACCCACGGCUAGAGACCCGGGAGGACCGCACUAAGAGACUGUUCCGACACUACACUGUGGGAUCCUACGACAACUUCACCUCAUACAGAAAGGUUUGUUACGGAUCUCCUGGCUACAGAAGCAGGAGCUCUGUGUUCCCUUGCUGUGAGACUGAAACAUUUACAAGCUCUUGGACCAACAAAGGGCAAAACAUGAAGAAGUCGGGCUCCAACCGUAGCCUGAACAAGGUCCUGGCUAAGUGCGGGCCGUCCAGUUCGUCUGAAUUUCACCAGAUCAAAGCAGUGAAGACAGGAUGGGCUGGCCGUCUGGGGGAUGCCAGGAGGGCACUGAGCCGCAAAUCCAAAGGACCUUCAUCCCCCUCAACGUCAUCUUCAACACCAUGCCUUUUUUCCACAGCUCCCCCACCACCCAAGAGAGCUCCCAGCACCACCCUGACACUGCGCUCGAAGUCAAUGACCGCUGAGCUGGAAGAACUGGCUUCUGCUCGGAGGAGAAGAGGAGACAGACUAGAUGAGAUGUUGGCAUCCCAGGAGUCUAUCUUGCGUUCUCAGCCCUCGGAGGCAGAUUACAGAGCAGCUACUGUCAAACAAAGGCCUACCAGCAGGAGAAUAACACCAGCAGAGAUCAGUUCACUGUUUGAGAGACAAGGAAUGACUCUACAUGGAGGUCUUCACCCAGGCAUUGAGAGAGGUCAUAUACCACUACCAAAGGGGAUGUCCAGGACCAAGUCUUUUGGUGCCACUGAGGAGGAUCGUCUGUCUGCCCUUGCAGGCGAGCACAGAUUUCCCCGCAGCUCCUCUAUGACAGACAGCCUCCGAGAGCACUCACAGCCCCAUCCCAUCCCUCCACCGCCACAAACAGCACCUCCUCCUCCUCCCUACUACCUAGACACUGGUCCUCCCCCAGCCUUCUGUCCCCCUCCUCCCCCAUCUAGGACCCAGAGUCAGGGCCAUGAGCCUGGGGGACGCUCCAGCUUCAAGCCCUCCUCCUUGGAUCUACCUUACGAGGCCGCUCACCGGCAGGCCACACACAUAGAGAGACAGAAGAAAGCCCGCUCCAUGAUCAUCCUGCAGGACUCUUCACAUCUACCUGUAGAACCUACAGAAAUUCCCCGUCCUUCUGGUGCUACUCCACCUGAGCGAAUCAAAAGGAAGGGUCGGGUUAUUGACAACCCUUAUGCUAAUGUAGGACAAUUUAGCAUUGGACUGUACACACCCACCAAGCCCCAGAGGAAGAAAAGUCCCCUGGUUAAACAACUACAGGUGGAAGAUGCACAAGAAAAAGCUAGUUUGGCCUUAGCUACUGCCCACUCCAGAGAGAGCUCACCCUCAGGACGACACUCAUAUACCCAUGGACACACACACACCAGCCGUGCAGACUACUACCAGCAGCAGCUGAUGGCUGAGCGAGAGCGUAUCCGUGCCCAGGGAGAGAUGAUGUUUCAGGGUAAGGGCCCCUUUGCUGCUGCAAUAGCUGGAGCAGUGAAAGACCGUGAGCGUCGCCUAGAAGAACGGAGGAAAUCCACUGUCUUCCUUUCUGUUGGGACCAUGGAAGGGGCGUCUACCACCAGCUCUGACCCCCCCUCUCUGACUCAGUCUCACUCCAUCGAUGAACGGAUGCUCACCAGAGAGCUGGGACAGCUGCCUCCCCCUGCCUUGGCCCUGAGCCCCUCACCUAGUGGGACCACCUUUAUCCAUCCGCUCACAGGAAAGCCCCUGGACCCUAACUCUCCACUGGCUCUUGCGCUGGCCGCAAGGGAGAGAGCACUGACCUCCCAGAGCCAGUCCCCAACUGGAAGCCCAGAGCCUAGGACUAAACAGGAGCGGGCAGUAUUCAUUGACCCUCAGACCAAAGAGUCUCCACAUGGUGAAGGGGCACCCACAACUCCCCCUUUUUCACCUAAAAGCGCCAAGGCAGCGGGGUAUGGAGUUGGAUCCUCCCCAGCAUCUAUUUUAGUUUCCCAGCCCACAAAACCACAGUGGACCACAUCACCAUCACCUUUAUCAUUCAGGAAGGAGAUGGAGGCCAGAGUGGAGGAGAGGAAGGAGGAGAAGAGACUAGAGGAUAAAAAAAGUAUGUUGAUUAGUAUUAUGGAUACCUCGCAGCAGAAAACAGCAGGGCUUAUCAUGGUCCAUGCUACCAGUAAUGGCCAGGCUGUCGGGGUGGGUUCAGAACUAGAGCAGACACCUGCCCCAACAUCCACUGAGCCCAGUAAAUCUCUAAGUCCACGGGCUAAAUCUCCCAGUCCUACGGUCUCCCAGCCCCAGGCCCAACUCCAGCUCCAGGCCCAGCCUCAAACUCAGCGUCCUGCCAGUCCAGCCCAAGAGAAAAGCCUGGCUCAGGGAAGCUCUGAGGAGGAUGUGGAUCCAUACACAGUGACCUUGCCCCCUGCAAUAUUGUCCUCCAGUGAUGAGGAAACUAGAGAGGAGCUACGUCAGAUUGGAGUUGUUCCACCGCCAGAUGAGUUUGCUAAUGGGCUGCUGGCACUGGCACAGGCACAGGCACAGGGGACACCAGUGUCUCCAACUAAACCUGCCUCCUCUCCCACCGCCCCUACAACACCAACACCCAAAACUCCCUUUACCCCAACAACCCCAACUGUGACACCCACCCAGCCUCAGCCUCCCCAACCGGCACCUCUACCCAGUGCAGCAGUUGUCUCAGGGAAGCCCUCUGACCCUCUGGAGCCCCCGCCGGUGGGCGAGUCUGGCUCUGCAGCUGACUCAGGCGUGGAGGAGGCUGACACACGUAGCUCCAGCGACAGAGAGCGAGACCACCAUCUCGAGACCACCAGCACCAUUUCCACGGUCUCCAGCAUGUCCACAUUGUCCUCAGAAAGCGGCGAGCCUGCCGACACACACACCACGCACACCUCCUAUGCCGACGGGCAGACUUUUGUGCUCGACAAGCCGCCAGUGCCUCCUAAGCCCCGACUCAAGUCCCAAAUAGGAGGCAGUAAAGGCCCUGUCACCUUCAGGGACCCUCUGCUGAAGCAGAGCUCUGACAGCGAGCUGCUAUCACAACAUCAGGCUGCUGCUCUGGCUGCUGCUGCAGCUGGAGGAGCUGGGCUGCCUGCAGGUGGUUCAGCCUCAGUGACUGGACUAGCCCCCACCAAGCCGCGCUACCUCUUCCAGCGGAGGUCCAAGCUGUGGGGGGACCCAGUGGAGCCUCGUGGACCAGGGGUGGGGCUAGGUAUUGGGAGUUUGGGCAAUCUUGGUGGACUGGGACUGGGGCUGGGUUUAGACGAGGGAGCAAAACCAUCUGUUAUGGGGGAGCUCAGUUCACGACUACAGCAGCUAAAUAAAGACACUAGGUCACUGGGAGAGGAACCACUGGGAGCAUCAUUUGACCCGGGGAGGAAGUCACCUGUGGCAGGUGCCAGACUUUUCAGCAGCUUAGGCGAGCUCCACACCAUUUCUCAGAGAAGUUACGGCACCACAUUCACCGUCCGCCCUGGCAGCCGUUACCCUGUCAGCCGACGCACCCUAAGCCCAGGAUCAGGCUCACCUGAUCGGGGCGACCCCCUUGGACGAUUCUCAAGCUUCGGUCUACCGACCUCACCGACUACACCGCCACAAACCAUCCUCAAAUCCUCUAGCCUCAGCCUACCCCAAGAGCCUAAAGAGGUGCGCUUCGUAAUGAGGAGCUCCAGUGCCCGUUCCCGCUCUCGCUCCCCGUCCCCAUCACCUUCCCAUUCCCCCGGACUGGGGUCACCACUUUUAGCCCUCAGGCCCUUCCAUCAGAAACCCCUCCACCUCUGGAAUAAGUACGACGUAGGAGACUGGCUGGACAGCAUAAAUCUGGGGGAGCACAGAGCAGGGUUUCAGGAACAUGAGAUCGAAGGCUCUCACCUCCCAGCUUUAACCAAGGAAGACUUUGCAGAGCUGGGAGUGACACGAGUCGGACACCGCAUGAACAUUGAGCGAGCACUGAAAAUGCUGCUAGAGAGCUGACCCCUGCCCUGAGACACAGCAACAGAUGGAGAGAAAGAUGAAGAUAGAACGGGCAAGACAUAGAGUUGAUGAAGGGGAAAAGAUAGGGACCGCUCCUCUUUUACUCUGGCUGCUUUUAUGUUCUGCAUCACAAAUGUUAACCUGUGUACAUUAGCGACACUUUAUGUUCUUGUUCUGCAUUAACACCCUGCACUUGGCACUGCACUGAAGAGGGGGAGUCAACACGUGUUUCCCCCUCUACUUGGCCCUGAGUGUCUGCCCAUCACCUUGCCUGCAGCCAAUUAGAUCAGACCUCGAAAUGGGCUCCGGUCUUUCUUUGCCGAGGAGAAUCGCAUGAGCUCCAGUUAAAAUAUUUGAUUUGUGUAAGCUUCAGUUGUUUCCCUAGUAACACCCACACUUUCUCUCUCUCACUAUUCCCUCCUCUCCUCUCUACCUCUAUCACUCCAUCUAUUAGGCCUCAAAAAGCCUUUCGCAGUUUGAGUAAAGGAGGAGGAGGAAGACUUUUGUUUUCCAAACAGAAAGCUCAGUUGCCUUUCAAAAUAUUUAUAGAGAGAUCAACAAUGAUGAACACAGGACUAUGGACAUAGUGCAGACACAGCUCUGACAAUGUGUGUCUUCUCUAUACCUGCUGUUGUUUUUAAACCUAAGACUUUCGAGCCCAGAGGUGGAGCUCCACCUAGUAAACCACGGGAGAAAACCUCUCCGCCUCGGUACUCGGACUGUGCUAUCUAUUAUAUUUGGAGAAUGUUUAACCAACACUCGUGGCUUUUUUCUUAAUCAAUUUUUUUGGUUUUCCAAAGGGAAUAUUAUAUAUAGGUAUUAUAUAAUAGGAUAUACAUGUAUCUAAAUAUAGCUUUCAGAAGAAAAGACAAUGUUGCAAAGAGGAAAUGUAAUAAAUUAAUCUGCGCCUGUUUUUGGUUUUUAGUAUAGAAGGCAGAGAGAAAUCUUAAAAUGUAUUCCACCAAUAGUUUACUAAUUUCUACCAAUUAUAUACAUAUAUAUAUAUAUAUAUAUAUAUAUAU